AUGACGAUUGUCGGUACUGGCAAUGCCAAUCACGAUUUGCCCGAGGCAUUCGUGCAUCUGAAAGAGACCUUCAGUUUUCUUGACCAUGAGCGAGAGGACGUGCAGAAGAUGGCUGUACAAGGAAUCGCUAGUCUGAGUAAAGAUGACAAAACUCUUUGGGCUUUUAUGUCAUCACCAGAGUACGGUCCUCAUGCCAUCGAUACUCUACUCAAACAUUUUCACCCCGGUAGUGUAAGGCUGGUGGGGAAUAUUCUCACCAUUCUCAUUAACUCCGCAGCGGACGGUGCCUGUGCGGAGAUGUUGGUAGCACGAAAAAUUGUGCGGAAGUCGAUGCUCUUUCUAGAUGGGAUGGAAAACUCCUCCCAUCCAAAGCCCUUCAAGCGCAGCGUGCAAGAGAUGAUUCUGAUGCUGCUGAACAAUCUUACCGCCAGCCACAUCUCCGCCGUAGAUGACCUUCUGCAAAAGGGCGAUGAGGCGAUGCGGGGCUUCUAUUUGGGAAGGCUACAUGUCUAUUACAUGUCGACGUCUUCAGGCGCCUUGGAAGGGGCCAAGGAUGCGGCCCUGGAGGAAAACGCCAAGGCUGACGAGGCGGCGCCCCCACGGCGUGAUUUUGCUCGGUGGAUUCUGAGCAUCCUGCUGAACCUCACGCGUAGUUUAGACGGGCAGCAGCUUUUGCUGGAGGAUGAGGAAUGGCGGGGGGCGCUUUGCGAAUGUCUGGAAGCAUCCCACCCCCUCACCCACCGUCGCCUCGCCUCGGAAUGCUAUCGCAAUUGCGCGUGUUCGCAAAAGCCACAAUACGCCAUGCUUCUGCAGAGUGGGAGCCUGCGUGCGGCGGUGGGGCACCUAGCCUCUGGAAAGGAAUGCGAUUCGGCCGUGCAAAUGUGUUAUGCAGAGCUCAUCGCGAGCAUGCUGGAGUCUGUGGAAGGGGUGGAGCAGCUGGAGGGGAUGAACGCGAAGAAGGCGUUAGGCGCGGCGGUGCUCGCAUCUCGCGCCUCAAGGGAUGCCGGAGCCGUGGUCGAGAACGAGGGAUCAUCAGCUUCAGAACCACAUGUCAAGGGCUGCUUCGCGCCAGACGUCUGUGAGUUCCUGGAGAAACAUGUGCUUCUUUAUAUGGAUGACAUUGUUGAUGCCUAUUUGCCCCCUAAUUGUGGUGAUAUGGACUAA